GAAAUAGUAGAUGAGUAUAAAAUUAAUUUAGCUAGAGUGUUGGCAUGAUCUCAUUGUGUUCCAUGAAUUUUGUUGUUCCAUAUCUAAUAAUUAUUACGCAUUUAUAGAUAAGAAAAAUAUACACAGAUGUUCAUACCUAGAUCCACUUGCUUUACUUCUUGACUAUCCUUGAUGCUCAUUCACUUGUUGAUGUUCCUUGGUUAUCUGUGAUGGACGAGGGGGGAGAAGGGAUGGCAGAGGAGGUUCACAAUAUAUAGGACGACAAAUUACAUGUUAUUGAGAACACAUUGGCAGAAACGAGACGCGAAAAGAAUGAAUCAUGGAGAUGGCGCUGAUCCUUGGGGUUAUCGAAGGCCAGAAACGCCCCUUUGGGAUGUAGCAGAGUACAAUCAACUCAUUUCUGCAGGGCCAUUGCUGCCACUACUAGAACAGUACGUAGGCAUUGGUUCUUAUGACCAAAACACACUCAGCGGGGCACCAUGGCAAGUUCAGCCACAGGGCGCUAACACUGACAAAUGUACGGGCAGCCAACUUCAACUAGCUAAUGUGGCAAAUCAAGAACCUUCAUGCAGCACGUGGCAUCAGGCGGCACCCAUGUACCUGCCAUCGAUGUCAUACACAAGUUAUUACGGUGCUGCUACCCCGGCAAUCGUCUCAUGGCAAGCUUCACAGAUUGCAGAUAGAGCACGUCAAUUUGGUGUUACAGACCACACAAGAUGGGCACAUGCAGCACAACAAGGGCCUACAACUAUAGUGAACAUCGGUGCGGGGACAUCUACUGCGGGGAGCUCUGAGCGCACGGAAGACACGUUCCACCAGCCAACCAACAAUCAUGCCGCAAACAAUGCCGAGUCAGAGACGAAAAUGGCAAUCAUUCAAGCAAUGCCGACAAGCACCGCUUUGAACACAAGCACUGGCAACACUCAAGUAGAUGAAACUGCCGCCGAUACUGAAGUGAAUGAUGAAACUGAUGACGAAACACAAGGGGAUGAAGAUGGUGGGCAAUCAGAGAUCGUGGUACCUCAGCCACCGUACGUUGGGCAGAGAUUUGAAUCGUUCACAGAAGCAAAGGAAUUCUACCAGACAUAUGCAAAGUUCCAUGGGUUUGCGGUCAACACCGAAUACCAUAGGAAGAUUAAGAAAACAAACGAGUACAGUAGAGGUGAGAUGAGGUGCCACAAUGCAUGAAGGAACAAGAAGGGGAAAGGUGUUGCACCUGUUGUUCCGAAACGAAAGAGAGGUAUCAUUCUCAAGACGGAACACCCUCUCUGGUGUAAGCUAAACGUAGAUGGAGCAUAGUGGGUGGUCACUGAAUAUUUUGACGAGCACAACCACAAACUCAUAAAGAAGUUCGACCUGGUAAAAUUUCUGAGCGCCCACAGAGGAUUCACCCCACUCGAGAAGAAAUUCAUAAAGCUUCUACAUGAUUGUAACCUCGGUCCAUCAAGAAUGGUAUAGAUACUAUCCCUCAUCCACAGCAAAAAUGGGACUCUGAGUAGCAUGCCCUACAUACCAGCUGACGUCACAAACCUAAAGGCAAAAUACCGUAGAGAGAGCAAGUUGGCUGACAUAGAAGUCACGACGGCCUACUUCGAUGAGAAAGC